CGAAUCAUAUCAUUUUAAAUUACAGCAUUUUUUGUAUUAAAGUCUUGGCCAAGGCAAAGUGCCUAGAAGGCGCAGUCGACAUAACCGCAACUUUAAGGUAACUAUUUGGUUUUGUGUUUGAACACAUUUGAUUAACAAAAUGCCUUUCAUGAAAGGCGUGUCUCCCUUGAGGAGAACACUCAAAUAUCUUGAAGCGGGAAGAUUAUAUCUAAAGGAUCAAAUUAAAAUAAUGACCAUCAACUACAACGUUAGUGGCGACCAUCACUCAGGCGCCAGAGAAUUCGUAUUUUGGUAUGUGCCUCAGAUUCAGUAUAAAAAUCCUGAUGUUCAAAUAUCAUUACUGAAAAAUAUGACGCCAACACCUUUCAUUCGUUGCUUUUAUGAUACUGGUGAUCAUAUGCUUAUUGACAUUGAUAGUAAAAUGAAAGAUGAGAUAUAUCAACAUUUAGUCAAUGUUGUUGGAAAGUCCAAAGAGGUUCUCGAAUCCGAAAGAAUCGCUAAGGAGAAAAAAGAUAAUCCAGCAAAUUUUGGUUAUGGUUGUGAAAAACAUUGUAUGUGUGAAUUUCCUAUCCAAGUGUCAUGUCCUGCAGUUUGCCCACUUCCAAAACAUUGGAGAGGAAAAUAUAAAUAUAAAAAAGUAGAGGAUUAAAUUAAUCAAGAUAUCAAAAUAUUCCAUUAAUUUAUGGGAAAUUUAUUUUUAUUAUUAUUUCAUUUCAUUGUUUAGAAUAUUUGUUGACAAUGUAUUUAUUACCAAAUAAAGAAAUGCUGCACCUAGUGAUUGUUAUUAGUGAUGGAUUUUGGCGAUCUCAAGUAU